AUGGGCAAUGGACUGUCCUCUUAAGGUUUCUUUUCCGAGGUUGUUCGCAAUCUCUACAAACCAGCUUGGAAAACUGAUUGAAUUUGGCGAGUUCAGCUCUUUGGGAUGGAUCUGGAAUAUUCAGUUGAGGAGAAGCUUAGCCGAUUGGGAAUUUGAACAGUGGGCUAACCUGAUGGCUAUCAUUUCUAAUUUUUAUCUGUCUAAAGAGGCAAUCGAUGGUCUGAUUUGGAAAGGAAACGGAAUUGGUGUCUAUUCUGCUAAUUCAUGUGUGAAGACUUGUUCUUUGGCUCAGAAGGAGGAUUAUGUUUGGAAGAAAUUUGUGUGGAAAGGUCUGGUGCCACCAAGAGUUGAGGUAUUCAUGUGGCAGGUAGUUCUUCAAAAACUGCCAGUGAGGUCUGAAUUGGUUAAGAGAGGGGUUACGGUUGUGUGGUCACUUUGGAACAAAUUUGUGCAGUAUUGGAGUCUUUUUGUGGUUUUUCAUACAAAUGCGCAGAAGUUUCUUCAAGCUUGGGAAGAUCUUAAUCCUAGGUCUACCAUUUGGAAGUUCAUUCCUGCCGUUAUUAUUUGGACUGUUUGGAAGCUAAGUUUGCAGAUUCUGGUAUUUCAAUGGAUUCUCUAAUCGGGGACCCGUCUCUUGGGGAUUCAUGCUUCCCUCUCAACAAAUCGAUGGUUACUACAGUUCCUUGGUCCCCCCCUCCUAAGGGCUUUGUAAAAUUGAAUGUGGAUGCUGCUACAAAUUCGGAUUGGAACAGCAGUGGAGUUGCGGGUAUUCUAAGAGAUGAGGAAGGUCUUAUUCUAGGAUCUUUUAAGGAGGCCACGGGUCCAGGUCCACCUAUUAUGAUGGAGCUAAGGGCUAUUCAGAAGGGCUUAAUUUUCUUUGAUUCAGUGAAAGGAGGUAUUAAUGGUCGUUUAUUGUUAGAAUCAGACUGCAAAUUGGCCGUGGAUUGGGUUAAGAAUGGAACUUUCUGCCCUCAGAUUUUUGUCAGUCUUGUAAGGAACAUAACUAUCAAGCUAAAAGAAGUUGAGGGUGUUAUUAGAUGGGUUGCUAGGGCAGCCAAUAUUGAGGCUGAUGGGAUGGCUAAAUCUGCCAUUGGCUAAUUCCAGUGUAUCUUAGGGGUAUUUUAUUAUGGGUUUUUCAAAUUGUUGUAAGGGGCUUCUUCUUGUUGUAAUCUUAGGUAUUAUCAUUAAUGAAGUUUAAGGCACUCUUUUCCUCCUUCCUCUGAUGAAGGAACUCAUUAUAAGUUCCUUAAUCAAGAAGGGGGUUUUUAAUGAGGCCUACAAUUCCUAUCAAAAAAA